CUUCUGUUACCCAGCAUGCACAGCGGCUGCUGGGGGGGGAAAGCUCUCACCCAACGCUUGAAGCCUGCUACUUGCUAGCUAGCACAGUCAUUUCAUCACGAAAAAUAGAGGUGGGGUAUUAGAGGAUAAACCUGCAUAUUUUAACCGAUAUGCCUCCGAAGAAACCCGCUCAACCUACAGGUGGUAAGAAAACUCAAGAGAAGAAAAAGGAAAAGAUCAUUGAAGACAAGACCUUUGGCUUGAAGAACAAAAAGGGUGCAAAACAACAGAAGUUUAUCAAAACUGUCACACAUCAAGUGAAGUAUGGACAACAGAAUCCUCGGCAGGUUGCUGCUGGAGAGGCGGGCAAAAAGAAAGAUGACAAGAAGAACAUAUCUGAGCUGAAUGAACUCUUUAAACCUGUAGUCGUUCAGCAGAAAGUCAGCAAAGGCGUGGACCCCAAAUCAGUGCUCUGUGCUUUCUUCAAGCAAGGACAGUGCACUAAAGGGGACAAGUGCAAGUUUUCCCAUGACUUGACCAUAGAGAGAAAAUGUGAAAAGCGCAGCUUGUACGUUGAUGAACGAGAUGAAGACCUUGAAAAAGAUACCAUGGAACACUGGGAUGAGAAGAAAUUGGAGGAGGUUAUCAAUAAGAAGCACGGCGAGGCGGAGAAGAUCAAGCCCAAUACCAAGAUUGUGUGCCGAUAUUUCCUGGAUGCCAUAGAGAACAAUAAGUACGGUUGGUUCUGGGUCUGUCCUGGCGGAGGAGACUCCUGUAUGUACCGCCAUGCCCUCCCUGUUGGGUUUGUGCUCAAGAAAGACAAGAAGAAAGAGGAGGAGAAGGAGGAAAAGAUUUCACUAGAGGAACUGAUUGAAACUGAGCGAGCUGCCCUGGGACCAAAUGUCACCCGUAUCACCCUGGAAACAUUCUUGGCCUGGAAGAAGAGGAAACGGCAAGAGAAGAUCUACAGAGCUGAGCAGGACAUGGAGAAGAAAAAGGCUGACUUUAAAGCCGGCAGGUCACUGGGGGUCAGUGGACGUGAAGUCUUCGAGUUCCGCCCUGAGCUGGUUGACGACGACGAUGAUGAGGCUGAUGAUGCCAAGUACGAUACCAAAAACGGUGAUGAUGAUGGCGAUGAAGAAGACGUCAUUCAGGAGGUGCAAGAGCCCGAGUCGUUCCAGGACAUUGACAUUGCCCGGUUUGUUCCCCAAGAAGUUGACCAUGCUGGCAUCACAAUUGCAGCAGCGGACCGCUUCAAGGCAAAGACCCUGCCAGCUAGUGAGACAGACGACAACAAGCUCAGUGAGGCUUCAGGCGGAGCGGAGGUCAACGGUGAGCUCAGCGAGGACCAGACGCUGGAGGACGAGGCAGAGGACGUCCCCGUGGACGAGAACCUCUUCACGGGAGAGGACCUGGACGAGUUGGAGGACGAGCUGAACACACUGGACCUGGAGGAAUAAGAACCGAGGCAGGAGCCUGGGGGAGUAGGGGUUGGGGGACUGGUCAGCUGCGUUUUCAUGAACUACACAACACAAGGCUUUUGACGUGAACGAAAACAGUGUCUUCACAAAAUCAAACAACAACAACAACAACAACAACAACAACAACAACAACAACAGUCUCUCCACAUUGGAAUUUGUGCAGCCUACAAUCCUUUUGUCUACUCAAAAAAACAAAGAGAAAAAAAGGAAAAAAGCAAUUAAAUAAAUCCCUGGAUUCUUCAAGAUUUGUUUUUUUUGUUUUUGCGAAGUGUGCAGAGAUAAAUGAGAUCAGAAUAAGUCAUUUUAUUUUUUUUUUAUUAUUUGGUUCCCCCAAGCAGGCAUUGUCAAAACCAAUCUGGCCUUAUCAGAACAGUCAGGCGAAGUCCCUGACACAUUUUAAAAUUCACCAUGAAUCUGAGAUGGAAAUAAAUUCAAAAAUAAAAGAUUUAUUUUGGGUUGAUUUGGUAGCAGUUUGUUAUAAUAGGUUUUUUAUAAUAGGUGACAACAGUUUGAUUUAGGCCAACGGUCUGCAUUGAAAGUACCAGAUCAUCUUCCGAUCACAACUUGUAUUUCUGGAUUUAAAAGCACUUGGGAUUGGGUGUGGAAGUGCUUAUUGCAAUACAAAACAAACUUGUUUUUCCAUUGCUACUUUCAUUUCUGAGUUAUAUCUAAAGUGCAUGCCUGUAUCAGGAUAAGAAUGUAUAUGGUGAACAUGUUUAAUGCCGACAUUCUAGUGUUGAACACACACUUCUUGACACGACCGGGCAAAAAAAAGAAACAAGCUCCAUCUCUGUCGCUCUGUCAGUUUGUCUGUACAAGCAGUCCCUGUAGUAGAGCAUGACCUCAUAAGGAACAGUCCAUCUCAGAGGAGGAAGCUGGCAAACAGAUAUCAUAAAAAGACAACUUUGCUGCUCAGGUUUGGCUGCUAUGCUGCUGAAUGGAAGUAUACCUGCGUAAGGCUAUAAGUCGCAGAAUAGAGGGAGAGAGAGAGAGGCUGGUAAGUUGGAUAUGUCUGUGUGUGUCCCCUUGUGUACCGGAUUGUUUUAUUCACCCUUUCACCAACAUGCCAAGAUAAAUUGUAAAUAAAAGGAUAUCAGAUAUUGA